CAGGCAAACGAUCGAUGUUGCGGCGUAUCGGUCGCAGGAGAGAGCUGGGUCUCAUAUUUUGCUUUGACCGCUACUGUGGGUUGAGGCGCAGUCUUCAAAAACUGGUUUACAAUUUUAUCAUUUAUUUAUAACGUAUAGCUUCUUGUCAUACUCAUUCGUAUCCAAUUUCUGUCUUUUUUCCUUGGUGAACGGACUUUCUGUCUACUCAUGAUGGCUUCGAUCAAAAAAUAUUCGUUCACGUCAAAAGCGAGCGCCAAAGGUAUGGAAGGCUACGUUGGGUUUGCUAAUCUUCCAAACCAAGUUUUUCGCAAGAGUGUCAAGAAAGGAUUCGAAUUCACUGUAAUGGUGGUUGGUGAAAGUGGAUUGGGGAAAUCAACACUGCUCAAUUCACUGUUUUUAACUGAUAUCUACACACCUGCUGCAUAUCCAAGUGUAGAGGAAAGACUAAACAAAACUGUUUCAAUAAAACCUUCAACAAUCGAGAUGAAAGAGGGAGGUGUGCGACUGAGACUAACAGUUGUUGAUACUCCAGGAUUUGGAGAUGCUGUUGACAACACGGACUGCUGGAAACCUAUUAUUGAGUACAUAGACAACAAAUUUGAAGAAUAUUUAAAUGCAGAAUCAAGAGUGUUUAGAUCACCUUUUCCAGAUGACAGAGUACACUGUUGCUUGUACUUCAUUGCUCCUACAGGGCACUGUCUAAAACCUUUGGAUAUAGAAUUUAUGAAAAGACUUCAUAACAAGGUGAAUGUUGUACCGGUGAUUGCAAAAGCUGACACUUUGACCCAUGAUGAGUGCACCAAGUUCAAAAAACAGAUACUUAAAGAAAUAGAGGAAAAUGACAUUGGAAUUUACAGAUUUCCAGACUUGGGAGGAGAUGAUGAUGAUGAUGUAGCUGCUGUCAGUAUGAAGGACAGAAUACCUUUUGCCGUGGUUGGUAGCAACACGGUGUUAGAAGUUAAUGGAAAGAGAGUGAGAGCCAGGGUAUACCCAUGGGGUGUGGCAGAAGUUGAAAAUGUAGACCACUGCGAUUUUGUUGCUUUGAGAAAUAUGCUGAUCAGAACGCACAUGCAGGAUCUCAAGGAUGUGACGAAUGACACUCAUUACGAAAAUUACCGCUGCGAAAAGCUGGCAGCCAUGACUGUUGGCUCACCCACUAAUCAACCAAGUUCUAACGUCUCGCUAAGUAGAAGUCCUCUGGAACAACUGGAAGCUGAGAAAGAGGAACGAGAAAUGAAACUGAAGAAAAUGGAGCAGGAAAUGGAGCAAGUGUUUGAAAUGAAAGUCAAGGAAAAGAAAAAGAAGCUCAAAGAUUCCGAGGCGGAGCUCGGCAAGAAAAACGAACAGAUGUGGAAACAGCUCGACCAGCAGAACAAGGAGCUGGAGGAAAAACGAAAACAAUUCGAGAAGGAGAGGGGACAGUAUGAAGAAGAACUGAAAAGUAAUGGUCUGAAGGGUCUGGAACGGUCUGACUCCUCCACCAAAUCACUCAAGUCCGUAGAUGGGUUCGUGAAGGAAAAAGAUAAAGAGAGCAAGAAAAAAGACAAGAAAAAGGGUUUCUUUUAAAUGACUUUUACCCCAGAGAAGACUGUACCACGAUAAAAUUAGUUUAUUAUGGACACCUCAUUAACAUAUUUGGUGCGACCUUAGAUUCGACGAACUACGGAGACACAAGGAGAACGCAGCGCGCGACACAUGUGUAGUUGUUUUGUAUGAGUGCGCGCGCAUACAUGUGUAGUUGUUUUGCAUGAGAGUGCGCGCGCAUAAGAAGUUUUAACAUUGAGUGGAGAAAGCGUGACUUGAAAACCAUUACUCCCCGAAAAUAAGAAUUUUGGUAUUACAUCGUUUUAAAUUGUUUUUCUGCCAAGAGUAUAUCGUUUAAAGAUUAUUUAAUGUAAAUUUGAAAAUGUAUUGUGGUUAUUUAGUGUACCAACAUUCAUUAUACAACUGAAGUUAAGUGUGUAAGGGAAGAAUAAGUUUUCUUUAGCAGUUUUGAGUAAAAUUUAUUAGCUUGUAAUUUUUAGUUAAAAAUUAAUCGCUGUGAUCAGGGUUUACAUUCCCCUAUCUCAUUUCAUUCAAAAACCUGUUUAAUUCUAAGCGAGAGUUUGUCGUGCCAUUCUGACUUUCCCCUCGGGAGGAGGGGGGGGGGGUCAAUGUGCCUGGACCGUUUUCAGUGCGAAGAAGUAAAAGUAGGAAUAUUAAACCUAGGCACACCUAUGCAUGGCUUAUCUAGAAAUCUCUGUAUCUCAAAAGAAAACAUUUUUUAUCUUUAUCCAGGCUAUAUGUAUAUAUGUAUGACCUAAAUCGUGUUAUGUUUAGUGCCACUAUGAGUGACUAUGUGCGAUUAUUCUUACCGUCCAAACCCUCUUAAGUUACCACUGAAGAAUAGUUAAUUGAUGAAUAAUUGUUAUUGCCCCCUUAAAAGAUAGUGUAUAAAACCACACUAAAACAGCCUUAUUGAG